UUAAUUCUCAGUGUUAAAAUCGUAAGAUUCCUAAUAUCAUCCAAAAUGCAUGCUAUAACACCAAAAAGUUUAGGAAAAUAUGAAGUAUUUUUGGAAAAAAGUAAAAAAGUUGAACCUUUAAAAAUGGGUUCAUAUAUUUUUAAAUUAGAACUUGAUCCUCUAAACAGUGAACUUAUAGAAAAAGCAAAAAAUGAGCUUAAUGAAACAGUUGACGCAGUAAAUAAAGGUCUUGCUGAUCUGAGAGAGUUGCUACAAGUGUGUGCCGUAUUUAUCAGAGUUAGCUACUCAUGGAGGUUUACGGAGCCGGUUCUCCAGGAGAUGAAACAAUUGUAUCAUUACAAUAUGACACAUCCAGUUUAUUCGGAUAAUUUAACGCCAAUGGAUGAUCAAGACGUAUUAUCAUCAGGACUUGUUGUACCACUUCCAGUACGCAAUAGAGACGGAUGUAGAUUAUUUUUAAUUCAAUGUGGUAGUAGAUGGAAUCCGAAUGAAAUUUCAUUGGAUCAAAUGCUGAGAGGAAUUAGAUUGGUUACUGAAUCUGCUCUUUUUGAACCUGAAACUCAGGUUUGUGGAGUCCACUUAUUGUUUGACUUGGGUGGAUUUACUUUAUCUCAUGCGUUAUGCUUCACACCAACAUUUGCAAAAGCAGAGCUUGAUUGGGUACAAAAGUGUUAUCCUGGUAGAAUAAAAGGUUUACAUAUGGUCCAUAAUCCUUUCUUGUUUAAUAUGGUUUUUGCUCUUUUUAAACCACUUCUGACGGAAAAGUUACGUAAAAGAAUAUACUUUCAUGGUACGAACAAAGAAUCGCUGUUGAAAGUAGUUGAUCGCAAAGCUGUACCAAAAUAUAUGGGAGGAGACUUGGAUGUGCCAAUUCAACCAGUUGGAAAGCCGUUAUGGGAAUAUUACUGCAAUUUUCAACAAGAAUUUGAAGAGUCUGUAAAACUUGGAUAUCUCAAGAAAAAGUAA